AGCGAGAAAAUGACGCCUAAUCAGCGUGUUUUGUUUUGUUUCGUCUCGUCGACCGAGCCGUCCGUCGUCCUCCCUGGCGGUCUGGCCGCCUCCGCCUUCCUCCCCGUGCGUCUCACCCUUUUCCUCUACAGCUUCCUCUGCCCAAUCAGCUCGUCCUCUCCCCUCCUCUCCCUCCCGUGAACUGCUAAAAUCCCUCGCCAAGCAUUUCCGUCGGGUUAGGUGGUAGAUAAGCCGAAAAUCGAGUGGAAAAGCAUCAAUCGAGUGCUGCGCUAGUUGCCUGGUUCGUCCCAACAAAUUCCACCGGGAAUCAGGGUCGUCCGGCAGCGGCUGAGGCGUCUGGGUUCUGGAGGAGCGGCCGUCGGUGAGGGGGGAUGGGGGGCGGCGGCGGAUCCUCCGGGCCGGAGCUGUCGACGGACAACAUGAAGGGGAUAGUCCUGGCGCUGCUCUCCAGCGGCUUCAUCGGCGCCAGCUUCAUCAUCAAGAAGAAGGGUCUCCGCCGGGCCGCUGUCGCCUCCGGCGUCCGUGCAGGUGUAGGCGGGUACUCAUACCUCAUGGAGCCCCUGUGGUGGGUUGGCAUGAUCAUUAUGAUUGUAGGUGAGAUUGCCAAUUUCGUGGCAUAUGCUUUCGCCCCCGCUGUUCUGGUUACUCCCCUUGGAGCACUCAGCAUAAUUGUUAGUGCAGUGCUGGCUCAUUUCAUUCUGAACGAGAGGCUGCAUGCCCUCGGGGUGCUCGGCUGCGUGAUGUGCAUUGCAGGGUCUGUGGUCAUUGUUAUCCACGCUCCACAGGAGCAGGAGAUUACUUCAGUUAAGGAAAUAUGGAACAUGGCGACACAACCUGCUUUCUUGUUAUAUGUUGCGUCAGUUAUUGUGAUUGUUUUUGUCCUGGUGUUCUAUUUCUCCCCUCUCUAUGGGCAGUCCAAUGUGUUGAUCUACACUGCCAUUUGCUCUUUGAUGGGCUCUCUUUCGGUUAUGAGUGUUAAAGCUCUUGGUACAUCACUAAAGCUUACUUUUGAGGGAACAAACCAAUUAAUAUAUCCAGAGACUUGGUUCUUUAUGCUUGUUGUGGCUACUUGUGUGUUGACUCAGAUGAAUUAUCUGAACAAGGCACUUGACACGUUCAACACGGCAAUUGUAUCUCCAAUAUAUUAUGUAAUGUUCACAACUCUUACAAUACUUGCCAGCGUCAUAAUGUUCAAGGAUUGGUCUGGUCAAAGCCCUGGAAGCGUCAUUUCUGAAAUUUGUGGCUUGGUUGUGGUGUUGUCUGGUACCAUUUUGUUGCAUGUGACGAAGGAUUAUGAAAGGAUCCCACAAUCAAGAAAUUAAAUGGAGAAUUGUUGAAGCAUGUCGUGGAUGAGAGGACUUCGGACGAAGAAAAGGCCUUGAGAAGACAGGAGAUGUAUUAGCGUGCGUCAGAAUAUCAAAGGAAAUAUAGGUUACUCUGAUGGAUUCUCCGGCAGGGGCUUGUACAUGGCGUAGUGAUAACCUUCCCAUAGCGAUUGUUGAUUCCUCCAUUACAGUUUGUUGGUUUGUGUAUAUAACUGCAGCAAUUUGUGGCUACCGAGUGAUUGCAAAUCUGCCGAGGUGGUGGAAGGCUGCAGAGUUCCACCAAAAAGAAUCUAAGUCGGGUGCAUAGAUUCUUAUCGAAUUCCCUUCUUCCUUUCGUAACUUCCUCAGUUUUGUCCACGGCAUUUGUUCCAUGUGAGUUUUAGAGUGAAUCACGGACCCUAUGCAACUGAUGUACAUUAUUAUUGUCAUAGUGAAGUUCGUGCAACUGUGAAUGAUGUACAUUAUUAUUGUCAUUGAUGCUUCUGCGAAA